CUUCUGGAGAUUACUGCUGCAGCGAGACUACAACCCCUCUCAUCAUGUCUUUGAUUCCAGGCUACUCUUCCGACGAAGACAACGACUACAUAUCGCACAUCAAGGAUGCAUUCAACCUCUCAUCAUUACCCUCCGCUAAACGACCCCGUGUCGAGGUGUCUGCGCCACCACGGACGGCUUUCCAGGCUGCCCCGGAUGUGUUGGCCGAAGAUCCUCUGAAGCAAACGUCUCUUAUUACACGUCCCACAGACACGCAGAUGCAUGUGAACAUUCCCUAUAGCGAGAUGACUCUUCCAGUACAGGGUCCAGAGAAUCCGUUCGGCGAUCGUAACCGUUUCAAGAACCAGAAUGCGCUAGCGGGCCAUGUUGAAGAGCAGGCUAUGACAGAGCACGCUUUCCGUGCCCAACACCUGACUCAUGCUAUCUUGGGUUACUCUGCCAACCCGUCUGUCGAUCUCAAUGCACCAGCUUUUUUGGGGUCCAAGGACGCUGCCGAAAGUAAUGGUUUCGCGACCAUAAACAUGAUUCGUGCUCCGAAGGGGAAGAAGAAGGAAUUAAAGCGAAAGCGAAACGCUGCAGGGGACCUCGAGGUUGUGGAUGGAGAAGGAGCGUAUGUUGGCCCCUGGGCAUCGUGGCAAGGUGAUGAGCCAACAAAUCUUGUGCCGGAAGGUGCGGAUGUUGAGGAGGAGCCCGAAGAAGAGGAAGAGGAGGAGAUUGUGACGAAGAAGGCCAAGCCAAAGCGGGGGACAUACGGGCAGGAGACCUCGGUCUUCCACGGCAAGUCUAUGUCAGACUACCAGGGCCGAACAUAUAUGUCACCUCCACUCGGCGAAGCACCUCAUCUUCAAGCCGAGCCUGGGUCUCAAGAAUCUUUCAUUCCGAAGGUCUGCGUUCAUACAUGGACAGGACAUACUCAAGGCGUCUCUGUUAUUCGCUUGUUCCCUGAUACAGGUCAUCUCCUCCUUAGCGGGUCUAUGGACACCAAGAUCAAGCUCUGGGAUGUUUACACUCAUGGAAACUGCCUGCGAACCUUUCAUGGGCACGUGAAAGCGGUGAAAGAUGUAACAUUUUCAAACGAUGGGCGAAAAUUCUUGUCGUGUGGUUAUGACCGUCAAAUGAAGCUUUGGGACACCGAGACUGGCCAGUGCCUGCAGCGUUUCAGCAACGGCAAGAUCCCCUAUGUUGUGAAGUUUCACCCCGACGAGGAUAAGCAGCAUAUAUUCCUGGCUGGUAUGUCCGAUAAGAAGAUCAUUCAGUACGAUAUGAACACUGGUGAAAUCACUCAAGAAUACGACCAACACCUGGGUCCUGUAAAUACGAUCACAUUUGUCGACGAGAAUAGACGGUUCGUCACAACUUCAGAUGACAAAACUAUCCGCGCCUGGGACUACGACAUCCCUGUCGUCAUCAAAUACAUCGCCGAGCCGCACAUGCACUCUAUGCCCGCAGUCACGCUCCAUCCUUCCAAAAAAUAUUUUGCUGCACAGUCGCUUGACAAUCAGAUCCUGAUCUAUAGCACCGAUAACUUCCGACAAAACCGCAAAAAACGGUUUGCUGGGCACUCAGUAGCUGGAUACGCUUGCCAGGUUGGCUUUUCGCCAGACGGCAAGUGGAUAAGCAGUGGAGAUGGUGAGGGGAACGUGGUGUUCUGGGACUGGAAGACUGGGCGAAUCAAAUCACGCCUCAAGGCACAUUCGAAGGUGGUCAUUGCACACGAAUGGCUUCCCCAUGAAUCGUCGAAGGUUGUGACCGCAUCUUGGGACGGAUUGAUCAAACUUUGGGAUUGACACCAUUCACCUGACUUGUACACGCUUGUUUGCGAUAUCAUCAGGCGCUAGGCUUUCACGACUG